AUGGGUACCUCAGCAAGUGCUUCAACUAGGCUUCUAGUGACUUCGGCAGCACCUUUGAAGUUGAGUAAUUAUUUGACCUUGAGAGCUACAAGUGUUGUGGGUGUCACAGCAGUUAGGGAUGGAAUGAAUCUCAUACCAUAUGAGUACAUAAUUAGUCGACAGGGAAAUGAGAAAUUGGACAAUGUUUUGGGUUUGGAACCAUCCAAUCCUAAAAAGAGCAUGUUGGUUGUGUCUGAGUUCAUUGGGUGUUCGCCAUCUCUAAGCGGAGCAAUUCGAGUCAAUCCAUGGAAUAUUGAUGCAGUGGCAGAGGCAAUGGAGAGUGCUCUUGUGAUGGCUGAACAGGAAAAACAAUUAAGACAUGAAAAACAUUACAAGUAUGUCAGCACCCAUGACGUGGCGUACUGGGCUCGUAGUUUCUUGCAAGAUUUGGAAAGGACAUGCAAGGAUCAUAUGCGCCGCAGAUGCUGGGGUAUUGGAUUUGGCUUAAGGUUUAGGGUUGUUUCACUUGAUCUUAAUUUCAGGAAGCUGGCAAUGGAGCACAUAGUUUCGGCUUAUAAAAGGACUUCUACCAGAGCUAUUCUUCUAGACUAUGAUGGAACGUUGAUGCCUCAAAAUUCAAUAGACAAGAAGCCAAGUUCCAAAACCCUUGAGAUAUUAGAUAGUUUAUGUAGAGAUAAGAACAAUAUGGUUUUCAUCGUCAGUGCCAGAACCCGAGCUGAAUUGACUGAAUGGUUCUCUUCUUGUGAGAAGCUGGGAAUUGCAGCCGAGCAUGGCUACUUCCUAAGGACAAAGCGAGAUGAAGAAUGGGAAACGUGUAUGCCUGCGGUAGAAUGCAGUUGGAAGCAGAUUGCUGACCCUGUGAUGAAACAUUACACGGAUGCAACCGAUGGAUCAGUGAUCGAAGACAAGGAAACUGCAAUGGUUUGGUGUUAUGAGGAUGCAGAUCCCGAUUUUGGAUCUUGUCAAGCUAAAGAACUUCUUGAUCAUCUUGAGAGUGUGCUCGCCAAUGAACCUGUCACAGUCAAAAGUGGGCAGAAUAUUGUAGAAGUGAAGCCGCAGGGAGUUAGCAAGGGGAUUGUGGCAAAACGCCUACUUCAUUCGAUGCAAGAAAAAGGGAUGUCACCAGAUUUUGUCCUUUGCAUAGGAGACGACAGAUCUGACGAGGAUAUGUUCGAGGUGAUCAUGAGCUCUGUUGCAGCUCCAUCUAUGGCUCCAAGUGCAGAAGUGUUUGCGUGUACCGUCGGUAGGAAACCAAGUAAGGCUAAAUACUAUCUUGAUGAUGCAGUGGAAAUUGUUCGACUGGUGCAGGGAUUGGCCUCUGUUGCAGAACAGAUGGUAACCUUAUAGUCUACUGGACGACAAUGAUCAAAGAUGUGCUGUAAUAGUAUGUACCAUUUUCUCCUCAUUCAUUCUGUCAAUUUGUUAGACAAAGAGAAGCAGCAUAAAUUGUGUUUGUUCUUCCUUUUAAUCCUAUCAGAACUUUUGUGAUCGAUUCUUGGUAAAUUUAUCUGUUUUGAGUAUAUUUGUAUUUGGGUUUCA